AUGGCCUGCUAUUCCCACCUCUUGCUUAACAAAAAGAGCUAUCACUAAAAAUAGAUCUAAACUCAUUUGAAGUAUUGUUUUUAUGAAUAUAAACCUUAUUAGACAAGAGAUCAAUCAAGAUAUUAAACACAAAUUAUCUUUGAUAACUUUCAGAAAUACCCAAAGGACGAUGAUGAAGUGGUUGGAAUUUUCAAUUAAGGAGAAUGGCUUGAGUUGAAGUCUUAAGAGAAUUUGGAAUUAAGAAAAUUUACAUAUAUCUUCGAUUUGAUGAUCCUAAAUGACUAAUAGCCUCUAAUGGAAAGUAAUGAUAUUCCCUCUAUUUGUCAAGUUGUUCAAAAGGGAAGAGAUUCACCAGCUAAUCAAGAGAGAACGCCAUCCAUUUAUUAUAAUGUUCAAUCAAACCAAAUUAUUGCAAGUGUGACUCUGAAAGACAGAAAUGGCGUUUUGACUGUUGAUAUUAAUUCGAUUUCUAAAGUGAAGCCUAAUUUAUGGUACACAAUAGCUGUGACAUUUGAUCAGAACUUGCUCUCUUUAUACAUAAAUGGAGUGUUUGAUUCAGCGAAGAUAAUAAAUGAUUUGUCUAUCUCAUAAAAUAUGCAUAAUCUAUUAGUAGGAAUGAAAGAUGAAUAAUCCCAUUCAGACUGCUCAUUUGCAUUGAGGAAUUUUGAGAUCUAUAAUUUUAACCUUGAUAUGAAUUAAAUUGAGGCUAGGUCUUUUAGAAAUUAUUAAAUAGCCAUAGGGUAUUAGAUUGGAGGUAGACCUGCUGAUAUAAGAUUUGGAUGUACUAAUUGCACCAAAGUAUAGGCAAGAGUACAUUAUGGCUAGUGGGGUCUACCAAUCAUCAUUAAGUCUUGGAUGGAUCUUGGAUCAAAAUACUUAGAUAAUAAACGAGGAUAUUACUAAUUAUGA